GGUCGUGGACGUAGAAGCCGGGUUCCUCACCCACACAUCUCGUCUCGCCGGGCUGCUGGCGGUAUUGAAUGACAGCAUGGUACCUGGAGAUAGAAGGAUGCUCCAGAGAGACGUCGCACACCGUGUGUCAACUGAACACCAACUUUGAUCAACAUCGCAUCCUCUCAUCAUGAUGCGCUACUGGGGUGAGAUCCCUGGGCCCGCAGGGGCUCCUCCCAGUCGGAGCUCCUUCGAUUUGCUCCAGCGUGAGUUUCGAUCGGUGGAGAUGCAGGAUCCUCCCCUACAUCAGCCGUCAGCCCAGCGGCCGCGCCCUACCACAAUGCUGGACAUCCCGUCGGAGCCUUGCAGUCUCACCAUUCACACGGUGCAACUGUGCCAGCACGUCCGCCGCCUUCGUGCACUUUUGGCGACUGCCCAGGGUCAGAGCGCGGCGUCCUCCGAGGCUGGCGGAAAGCCAGAGGAUGUCGAAACACGUCUGCCCUUGCAGCCUCCCACCCCGCCUGCCAUGCCUGAUGACUUGCUGCCGCUUGACAGCAAAGCUCCCUGGCAGCCCUUCCAGCUCCGCCACAGUGACCCUGAAAGUGACUUCUAUAAGGGUAAAGGUGAGCCAGUCACAGAGCUGAGUUGGCCGUCCUGCAGACAGCUCCUCUAUCAGUCAGUGGCCACCAUUUUGGCCCACGCCGGCUUUGAGACAGCCCAUGAGAGUGUGCUUGAAACUCUGACCGACCUAGUUCAUGAGCACUAUCUGCGCCUAACCCGGCUCCUGCGGGUAGCAGUGGACAGGGAGGCCCGGCUGGGGGCCAGCCCCUUCCCGGACGUGAUGGAGCAGGUAUUCCACGAGGUGGGCAUCGGCAGUGUGCUGGCCCUGCAACGCUUCUGGCAAGUGCGCAUCAAGGAUUAUCACAGCUACAUGUUUAAGGUCAGUAAUGAUCUGUCAGAAGAAUAUGAAAGGCUGGUGAAUCCAGAGAAGGCUCUGGAGGACUCCAAGCCCCCCAGGAUAAAGGAGGAACCCAUGAGUGACAUUUCCUUCCCAGUUAGUGAGGAGCCCGAAGCUGACCUAGCCUCUGGGGACCAGACUUUGCCAAUGGGGGUUCUUGGGGCUCACGGUGAAAGGUUGUCCUCAGGCCUGGAUGGUGACCAUUCGCCUCAGACCUCAGGUGGAGGUGUGGCCAACAACUCCCCCUUGUGGCCACAGGUAAAGGUGGAGCCACAGGAUGGCGAUGACGGCCAGGGCGCUGCUGCGCAUCAUCACCACCACCAUCAUCCUCAUCACCACCACCUGGGUGGCGAUGUGUUUGAAGAGGGGGGGCCCAUGUCCACCAUGAGCGAGUCGGGAGGCGCCAUGGCACCCUCUCCCGCUGGCUCAGCAUCAGACGGCACUUACGCCUCACAUUCGCCAGACUCCCUGAUGAGCACUUCGCCCGUCUUUAAUCACAGACCCAAGAAGCGAGCAAGGAAAAUGUGAUGUUGCGAUGGGUGUCGGAGGGAAAUAGCAAAAAAUGACUGCGGACAUUAAGUUAAGCCAUUAAUUUAAUACCAGUAAGGUAUUACUUUAACAAUAAUAUUAUUGUAAUAUUAUUAUUUUUGCAAAACAGCUUAUAGUUAAAAUAAAAUGA